UCUCCGAGCAUCUUAUGGCAUGGUAUAUGAGUUGAGAUCUAGGCAGUCUGAUGCUGGAGAUUUUGAGAGUAGUCAAAGGCUGAAUUCAUUACACCGGUGGUCGUUCGAUUCAACAGCAAUCGCAAUGGCAUCAUUUAACCAAACGCAAGUCGUUGAACUUCAAGAUGUGUCCAACCAUCUUGGAUCAACUCGAUCAUCGAUCAAUUCUGCCGAUUCCAACCGAGAAGGCAUCUCAUCGCCACCGGAGAAUGCCGUUUCUGCCCUAGAGAGAUGGAACCAGUCAAAGACGAAUAUAUGCAAGACAGCAUCGACAUUCUUUGGAUUUUUGGUAAUGGGUGCCAAUGACGCAGCAUACGGUGCCAUCAUCCCUUCAUUACAAAAUCACUACAGCAUUACCUAUACGGUCGUGUCUCUGGUUUUCCUUUCACCGUUUGUUGGCUAUGUGGCUGCCGCCGUUCUCAACAACUUCCUCCACAAGACUGUGGGACAACGUGGGGUGGCCAUGCUGGGUCCUGGAGCUCAUUUGGUCUCAUACAUCAUCAUCUCCGUCCAUCCUCCUUAUCCGGUCCUGGUCAUUGUUUUUAUCCUUGCUGGGUUUGGAAAUGGAAUCCUCGAUGCGGCUUGGAAUGCAUGGAUCGGCAACCUGGCCAAUCCUAAUGAGAUUUUGGGCUUCUUGCAUGGUUUUUAUGGUGUUGGUGCGACCAUUUCUCCUUUGAUUGCAACGACUCUCAUCACGCGAGGCGGGUUUCCUUGGUAUGCCUUUUAUUAUUUCAUGAUCGGAGCUUCUGUUAUUGAAAUUCUCACAUCGACUGCAUCGUUCUGGCGCGAGUCUGGUGAGAGAUAUCGCAUGUUGCAAUCUAGCGACAAUGUCAAAGGUGCGACUCGAAAAGCCUUGAAGACGAGGGUUGCAUGGGUCAGUGCCUUCUUUCUGCUUCUCUAUGUCGGAAUUGAGGUUGCGCUUGGAGGGUGGAUUGUGACUUUCAUGAUCGAGGUGCGAAAUGGUGGUCAUUUCGAGUCUGGUUUGAUUGCAACCGGUUUCUGGUUGGGCAUCACCGUCGGUAGGGUCACUCUUGGAUUCGUGACCCCACGACUCGGCGAAAAUCUGGCCAUUUGCAUCUACCUGGGUCUGGCUAUGGCGAUGCAGAUUCUCUUCUGGCUGGUUCCAUCAUUUACAGUGUCCUCCGUCGCGGUCGCCUUCGUCGGCGUAUUCCUAGGGCCACUCUUCCCUGCAGUGGUAGUCGCCGCCACAAAGUUACUCCCGGCAAACCUUCACGUGGCAGCUAUUGGAUUUGCUGCAGCAUUUGGCGGGGGCGGCGCAGCUAUCCUACCUUUUGCAGUUGGUGCGAUCGCACAAGCUGCUGGAGUUAGAGUGCUGCAACCCAUUAUACUUUCGUUGCUGGGCACAGCCCUUGGCUUAUGGUUCAUUGGCAUGCCUUCCAUCUCAAGUCGAGAGGGUGAUGAGAACGGCAAGAUGCACAAGACCAAGGCGGCUGUAAGCAAGUAUUUCUAUGGUUGUUUUGCAGAGCGAUUAUAG